UCGUCCCAUUUACCAACGCUAGAUCCGAAAAAAGGCUGUAGGGCUGAAUUGGUUGAUGCAGUACCCGCGUAUUACAACUUUUUGCUCGCAUCCUCCCAUCAUAUCAUUUUUCAUACCGUCGACGGGACGCAUGACUGACCCCAAAUUACCGUCACCGAUUCCCCGUUACCUCCAUUAGGAACCCCUGCGACGACAGUGCUUAGGUUGCGGGAUACAACUAGAUAUCUGGGAAGAUGGAUGAUCUGAACGAAGAUCUCAUCACGGAGCUGAUCACGAGCUUCAAUGCGCUAAAUCCUAGCACCGUCGAGGAGUUAGACGAAGAGCCGAGUCCGCUAGAGUUCAUGCGGUAUGUGGCAAGGAACACACCUUUCGUCGUGCGUGGAGGCGCCGCCGACUGGCCGGCUACACAGCGCUGGAACGCUGCUUACCUGCGCGAGUCUCUGGCCGGUCAUCGUGUAAACGUUGCCGUGACACCAUUCGGGAACGCUGACGCUCCCACCAUCGUGGAUGGAGAACCCGACUUAAUUUUCGCCAAACCGCACGAGGAGGAGCAGGAUUUCGGGGAGUUUCUCGAUUAUCUGACGACGCAGGAGAAAGCCGAGCACUCUUUGCCCGAGAGUCGCGGGGAGGUAAGGUACGCGCAGACGCAGAACGAUAACUUGCGGAACGAGUAUUCUCUUCUCUACUCGCAGGUUCCGCCAUCCAUUCCGUUUGCUCGUAUCGCGCUUCAGGAAGACCCGGACGCCAUCAAUAUGUGGAUAGGAUGUUCCAAAUCCAUAACGGCGAUGCACCGCGAUAACUAUGAGAACAUAUAUGUACAGAUUACCGGGCGUAAGCAUUUUGUCCUGCUACCGGCGCUAUGUCAGCCGUGUGUCAAUGAACGGGAACUGCGUUCCGCCUCCUAUGUCCGAGGAGAAAACGGUCUUAACGAUCUUCACUUGCAAAUGGAGGACGAGGAGGAAAAUAUCCCUUUUGCUACAUGGGACCCGGAUAACCCGACUAUAAGGACUACUAAGUAUUCGCAUCUAGCACGACCUCUCAGAGUCACGCUUAAUCCAGGCGAUAUGUUCUACCUACCAGCUAUGUGGUACCACAAAGUCUCGCAGUCCUGCUCGGAAGAAGGAAUGUGUAUCGCCGUCAACUAUUGGUAUGACAUGGAAUUCAGCGGACCGCUCUAUCCCUUGAACACCUUCGUUCGCAGUCUUGGUAGCGAAAUAAUCAAAUAAAUAAAUCACAAUAUACCAUCUAAUAGACCCAUACUCCUAUUAAUAUGUACGGGUCUUCGGUCCAACCAUUCAUAUUUCCAUAACUGUACCAUA